CUUAGAAUUUUCUUCUAUCUUUGUUUUUUUGUUUUUGGUGGUUUUUGCUAGUACGAUGAUAUAUGUUAAAAUUUAGUUCCGAAUAGACCGUGAUUUUGAUAGAAACUUCUGGAGAAAUUGAAAGGUCUAAGAAAGAUGGGAUACGCAGGGAAAGUGGAAGACGACAACAAAUCUUCAUCAUCACUAAACGAAUCGGUGUUAAUAGCAGCAACUAUGUGCAUUAUCGGAUUGCAAGUUCAUGUUCACGUCAAGGAUGGUUCCGUCUUUUCUGGGAUUUUCUACACAGCUUCCCUCGACAACGGCUUUGGCAUUGUUUUGAAGAAUGCAAGCAUUAUUAAGAAGGGGACAAGUAAAGCGAAUGUAUCAAGCGGGAGUGUUGUCGAGACACUUGUUAUUCUAUCUUCCAACAUUGUUCAAAUAAUUGCGGAAGGAGUCUCGCUUCCAUCAAAUGUUACAACAGGCAAUAAUGAGUCAGAAAAUGUCAGAUCAGCCACAGACAUUUUAUGUGCAGUAAAUAACUCCACAAAAUUCUGCAUUGAAGGAAAGGGAUAUAAUCAUAUGAGGCAGGCUGGAGCCCAGAUUUUGAAGCCUAGUGUACAAAUUUCUGACGUUCGUCAAGAGGAUACUAUUGAUAUGCGAAGCUCAAGUCCUAGCUUGGAUAGUAUGUUCGAACGAGUUAAACCCAUAGAAGAAGGAAAGUUGAUGGCCGAACCUUUUAGCAAUGGUUUUCACGAUGCUGCUGAAAGGCCCUCUUCAAGUGACAAUUCAUCAUCACAAAGUACAACUGUUGAUAACACCUCAGAAUUGUGUCAGGGUUUAGUGGCAUCUUCAACUGCAUCAGUAACUAUCCAGGCAGUCAAAAAGGCUAAGGAGUUCAAGCUCAAUCCAGAUGCAAAGAUUUUUUCUCCCUCUUAUACAAAACGUCUUUCACCGUCUCCUGUUGGUAUGCCUGAUGUUGGAAAUAUUGCUUAUAUACCAAGCAACAUUCCUCCACAACCAGUUCCUGAAGCUAUUUACCCAGAAAUUAGAAACAACCCUUAUAUGCCUCGAGAAUCUCAACCUUCCAAGUUUGUACCAUAUGGUAAUUCGACUGUUGGACAUGCUGUCGGUGGUACUCAAUUUCCUCAACACAUGAUUGGGUCUACUGUUAACAGGGCACAGCCGCAGAGAUUGAACUCUCAGUACCAGCCAGUUCCAGCUGCACCGAUGCUUGUAAAUCUAAAUCCUCAGGUAAUGGUUGCAAGAUCGGGGCAGCUUGUAUAUGUCCAACCAGUUUCUCAGGAUCUGCUUCAAGGAACACCUCCUCUUUCACCUAUGCUCUCUCAUCCGCUACCAACCAUACAACAUAUCCAAUACCUGAAGCAUCAAGGUGUACUUGCAGCUGGCCAGCCCCAGCAGCUAUGCGUUUCCCAACCAUUCACGGCCGGUGGACUGCAAUCUUAUGGCGUUCCUGCGCAAUUUCCAGUUAUGCAGCCUCCUUUUCCCACGAAUCAGCCAAUGGCUGUUGCUGUUCCUAAUGGUUUCUACACAAAAUUUCCAUAAACAAAGUCUCAUUGUUUUUUUUGGUUUCAUUCAUACCUUUAUUCUUUGCGCCUCCAACCUAAUAACGGUUGUACCAAGAGUGUUCUGGUUUGGCUCCUAGUUUUAUUUUAUUUUCUCCUUUUCAUGGUUUUGGGUAUCUUGUUCGGUUUUAGCUAUUGUAUUGGUUUUGGGUGUUUUGCUCGGUUUUUAGGCAAAUUAUAUAUUGGUUUUUCUUUAUUGGAUUAUCUAGUUGAAUUGGGUAUACACUGUUGUAACAUGUCAAAACAUAAUGAUUCUUUGUUAAAGAAAAAAAGCGUAUUGUUACAUA